AUAGAACUUUUUAUUCAGAGAGACUUAAUAGCUGAUGUUAAGAAAAAAAGAGACUUAAUAGCUGAUAUAUCGAUGUAGUGAAGAUGAGUGGUGAAGGUAAGGACGAAGAAGAAGAUGAAGCAAUACUUCCUGGAUUUAGAUUUCAUCCAACGGACGAAGAGCUUUUAGGGUAUUAUCUUCGAAGAAAAGUAGAGAACAAACCCAUCAAACUCGAGCUUAUUAAACAGAUUGAUAUCUACAAGUUCAAUCCUUGGGACCUUCCUAGAGUGAGCAGCGUCGGGCAAAAAGAGUGGUACUUCUUCUGCAUGAGAGGCAGGAAAUACAAGAAUAGCGUUAGACCAAACCGUGUCACCGGUUCCGGUUUCUGGAAAGCCACUGGUAUUGAUAAACCGGUUUAUUCCAAUUUUGACUGCGUCGGUCUAAAGAAAUCUUUGGUUUACUAUCUUGGUUCUGCCGGAAAGGGCUCCAAAACCGAUUGGAUGAUGCAUGAAUUCCGUCUAUCCUCCACCACAAAAACCGACUCAAGAGCUCAACAAGCAGAGGUCUGGACACUAUGCAGAAUCUUCAAACGAGUCACACAUAAGAGAAACCCAACGACCAUACAACCAAACCGUAAACCAGUUAUCACCUUAACUGAUUCAUGUUCUAAGUCGAGCAGCUUAGACUCCGAUAACACCAGUCACCGAGUAGUAGAUUCCUUGUCCCACAAGCUACACGAGACACAGACAGAGAAUCCUUAUUGGAACCAACUUACUACGGUUGGUUUCGGUCAGCCGACAUAUGCUUGUAAUGAUAACAACUUCUUGAGUUUCUUGAACAUCGACGGUGGAGAUUUUAUUGGAGACUCAGCAAGUUGGGAUGAACUUAGGUCUGUUAUAGAUGGAAACACCAAACACUAAUAAUAAUUCUCUUUUUUUGAGCUUUUUAUAAAGAAUAAAGCAAACUCAUUGCUUUUGUUUUGUAAGAUAAUAAUAUAUAUAUAUGACACUACUCAAGUUGCGGAUCCCAGGUAUCUUGCUGCUGACCAUCAGACCAGUGCAUCACUAUUGUGUCUAUAGUAACGGUUCGCUGUUUUGCUGUUAGGUCUUAGUCUUGACUUGAUAUUAUUGUAGCUAUUAUGU